UAUAGAUCAACCGACAGGGGGCAGGCAGACAGCAGCCACUUCCGCAACUGAAACCCGAAGUGUUUUGUACACCUGCGAACCUAAAGAAGAUAAAAUAUGAAGAAAGACAGCAGGGAAAUGUCUUUAAACGUGGAUCCGGAUUUACCCUUGGAUGACAAGGGAGCGAAAGAGGAGGCAGCCGAUAUGGAGGGUGAGAAGAAAGAUGAGUCUGUAACCAGAUGGAGCGAGGAACUCAGGCUGGUGCUGAUUGGAAAGACCGGAUCUGGCAAGAGCGCGUCUGGAAACACCAUCUUGGGCUGCAGGCAGUUCCUGUCACAGAUCAGCGCCCGAUCUGUCACCAAGAUCUGCGAGAUGGGGAGCACUGAGCUCUCCGAGGACGAAGACGCGGGGGAGGAGGGCCGGACCGCCGCGCGGAGGAGGGUGAGGAGGCUCACGGUGGUCGACAUGCCGGGUUUCGGCGACACCGACCUCCGCGUGGAGCAGAUUCAUGCCGAGAUCGCCAAAUGCGUCUCCCUCUCUGCCCCUGGCCCGCACGCCUUCCUCCUCGUGGUGCCUUUGGGACGAUACACGGAGAAUGAGAACGAGGCCAUCGGCGAGCUGGCCAGGGUAUUCGGAGAGGACGCCGUCCGUCUGCACACGGUGGUCCUCUUCACUCGGGGCGACGAACUGGAGGGCAUGCGGAUCGAAGAAUACCUGAGAGAGACUGCACCUGCUGGGCUUCAUGCUCUGAUCGACAGGUGUGGAGGAAGGUACCAUGUUCUCAACAACAGAGACCCCAGCAGCAGGGCUCAGGUUGAAGAGCUCAUCACGAAGGUGGAUGCGAUGGUGCAUCGGAACGACGGGGGCUUUUAUACAAACACCAUGUUUGUGGAGGCAGAGGCUGCCAUUAGGGAGGAGCAGCAGAGGAUGCUGAGGGAGCGAGGGCAGGCGGAGGGCGAGGAGCAGGAGGCGAGUGAGAAACAUGCAAAACAAAGAAAGUCUGUCAGAGGUUGUUCGUCCUCAUCCCACCUGAGGAGGGAGGCAGCGCUCUCACCCAAGGUGCAGGACAGAAUCAAGAUCAUUGUGACUGCCAGUGUGACGGGCAUGGCAGUUGGUUUGGUGUUUGGAGCGAUGGUUCCUCUGGCGGCCGCGGCCGGGGCGUCUCUCGUGGGAAAUGGCAUAGGCUUUGUCGCAGGAGGCACUGGCACGGGGAAAGCUGUGGGUGCCUUGGUGGCCGCAGUCUCAUCGAAAACCGCCGUGACCCUGGGGGCGGUGACGGGCGGAUUUGUGGGUGGUACUGUGGGAGCCAUGGUGGGCACCGAAUCCCCCAGUCCCAGGGAGGGCGCAAUGGAGGCUCUGAGCCAGGUCAGUCUCAUCGGGGCUUCUGCUGUGGGGCUGUCGGCGGGGGUGGGAUGCACCCUGGGAGCUGGAGCUGCUCUGGGCGCAGCUCUGGAGGGGGCGGCGCUCAGCACUCCAGCUCUCAGUGGAGCUGGAACACCAACAGCUUCUGUCACCUCUGCUUCCACGGCUUCAGCGGUCUCUGGGCUGCCACAGUGUACCGCAGCUUUAGAGGCCGCGGCAGGCGCCCCCGUGGCCGUCGCGAGCGCCCCAGUGGCCGCCGCGAGCGCCCCAGUGGCCGCCGCGAGCGCCCCAGUGGCCGCCGCGAGCGCCCCAGUGGCCGCCGCGAGCGCCCCAGUGGCCGCCACUAGUGCCCCAGUGGCCGCAGCGAGUGCCGCCGCCGCCGCGAGCGCUCCAGCGGUCACAGUGAGCGCCACCCGCCACAGCGAGCGCCACCGCCACAGCGAGCGCCACCGCCACAGCGAGCGCCACCGCCACAGCGAGCGCUACCGGCGCCGCGAGUGCCACCGCGAGCGCCACCGCUGCCGCGAGCGCUCCAGCGAGUGCCACCGUGACCAAUGUAACCAACGCGAUCGCUGCGAGCACCUCUAUGCUGACCGGUGUGGUGGUGGUGAAGUUGAUGAAGAAGAAAAUGAGAUAUGGCGCAUGUCACAGGAGCUGAGAAUAACCAAGAAAUCCCCCGAUUUUAUCAACCCGUACGGCACGGAGAGAGACGACGUGCUCCACACGGCCGAGGCGUUCCAGAAGAUCCUGCGGGAGGAGGAGAAGAGGAGGAGGAAGGAGGAGAAGAGGAAAGAAAUCCGGAAAGGCCCUCGCAUCUCCCGCUCCCACAUGGAGGAAGUGAACGCUGCCAUCAGAGGAAGGACAGCCAGGCGCUCUGUUGACGGCGAGAGAGGAGGCCUCAACGCGAGCGGAGGUCCGCCUCGCUCCGCUGAAGGAACGAGCCGCUGUUCGCCAACAAUCAACCGACAGAGGGCAGGCAGACAGCAGCCAAACACUUUCACGACUAAAACCCGGAGUGUUUUCUACACCUGCGAGCCACGUCUCCCGACUUCUGGAGAAGAUGGAUGUCUGAAGAAAGAGAGCAAGGAGAUGUCUUUGAACGUGGAUCCGGAUUUUCCCUUGGAUGACAAGGGAGCGAAAGAGGAGGCAGCCGAUAUGGAGGGUGAGAAGAAAGAUGAGUCUGUAACCAGAUGGAGCGAGGAACUCAGGCUGGUGCUGAUUGGAAAGACCGGAUCUGGCAAGAGCGCGUCUGGAAACACCAUCUUGGGCUGCAGGCAGUUCCUGUCACAGAUCAGCGCCCGAUCUGUCACCAAGAUCUGCGAGAUGGGGAGCGCUGAGCUCUCUGAGGACGAAGACGCGGGGGAGGAGGGCCGGACCGCCGCGCGGAGGAGGGUGAGGAGGCUCACGGUGGUCGACAUGCCGGGUUUCGGCGACACCCACCUCAGCGUGGAGCAGAUCCACGCGGAGAUCGCCAAGUGCGUCUCGCUCUCUGCCCCCGGCCCGCACGCCUUCCUCCUCGUGGUGCCUUUGGGACGAUACACGGAGAAUGAGAACGAGGCCGUCGGCGAGCUGGCCAGGGUAUUCGGAGAGGACGCCGUCCGUCUGCACACGGUGGUCCUCUUCACUCGGGGCGACGAACUGGAGGGCAUGCGGAUCGAAGAAUACCUGAGAGAGACUGCGCCUGCUGGGCUUCACGCUCUGAUCGACAGGUGUGGAGGACGGUACCAUGUUCUCAACAACAAAGACCACAGCAACAGGGCUCAGGUUGAAGAGCUCAUCACGAAGGUGGAUGCGACGGUGCAGCGGAACGACGGGGGCUUUUAUACAAACACCAUGUUUGUGGAGGCAGAGGCUGCCAUUAGGGAGGAGCAGCAGAGGAUGCUGAGGGAGCGAGGGCAGGCGGAGGGCGAGGAGCAGGAGGCGACUGAGAAACAUGCGAAACGAAGGAAGUGUGACCUGGAGGCUGACGCGGCGGGCAGCAGGGAGGAAGGAGGAGGGCUGAAGCUCCGGCGGAGAGAGAUGGACAGAGGGAGCGACGAGGAGUUGAGGGUGGAGAGGUGGACGGACGAGAGCCGAAGCAGUCCCUUCAGCCUGCUGAGGGAGCAGGUCAGAGGUCGCCGCCGGGGGUCCGGCAGGGCCGUCAGCAGGAGGCAGGCGCUCCGCUUGUCCUUGUCCCGCCUGAGGAGGGAGGCGGCGCUCUCCGCCAAGGUGCUGGACAGAGUCAAGAUCCUGGUGGCUGCCGGUGCGACGGGCAUGGCGGUCGGCGCGGUGUUCGGAGCGGCGGCUCCUCUGGCGGCCGCGGCCGGGGCGUCUCUCAUGGGGAACUCCGUAGGCCUCGCCGCAAGUCAGUUAGCAGGGAUGUCCGCGGCAGGAGGCACGGGCGUGGGGAAAGCCGUGGGCGCCUUGGUGGCUGCAGCCUCAUCGAAAACCGCCGUGGCCCUGGGGGCGGCGACGGGCGGAGUUCUGGGUGGCUCUGUGGGAGCCGUGGUGGGUGCCGAGUCCCCCGGUCCCAGGGAAGGCGCAAUGGAGGCUCUGAGCCAGGUCAGUCUCAUCGGGGCUUCUGCUGUGGGGCUGUCGGCGGGGGUGGGAUGCACCCUGGGAGCUGGAGCUGCUCUGGGCGCAGCUCUGGAGGGGGCGGCGCUCAGCACUCCAGCUCUCAGUGGAGCUGAAACAGCAGCAGCUGCUGUCGCCUCUGCUUCCACGGCUUCAGCGGCCUCUGGGCUGCCGCAGUGUGCCGCAGCUUUAGCUCAAGAGGCCGCCGCGAGCGCCCCCGUGGCCGCCGGCCCCGCCGCCAGUGGCCUGUGUGGGUUAUCAGCCUCCAGCAUGGCUCCCGUAGCCUCCAGGGCCGCGGCAGACCCCUGGGGGACCGUGGCGGCAACAACACGCGUCAUGGGCGUGGUGGCUGAGAUCGGCAAGGCAGUGGCGGGCAUCGCGCUGGCCGGCGGUCUGGUGGUGAAGGUGGUGAAGGAGAAAGUGAGAUGCGGCACAGGGACUACAGAGGCCUCCUACUCUGAGAAGAAGUCCUAUGAAAUCUACUGGAACAAAUAAGUACUUAUUUACUCAGUGUCCUAAACACACGUUUCUGUUCUUUCACCAUUAUGACACUGCUCUGAGACGAAUAUGUAAAGCGCCUCACAGGCACCAAGCAAACAGACCAGUGUGAUAUAAAACAAUAUUUACUCAUUUGUACUGUAAUUUAUAUUUGACAAUAUUUGGCAGUGUUUCAAGCUGAUAAAUGAAUUCAAUGAUUUGCUAUCUGAUUGUCACUUUUUGUGUGUGGGAUAGCUACAAAAUGAAAUCUUUACUUUUGUGUUUAUUUUUUUAAUUAAAUUUAACUUCCAGUAUUAUAUAUUAAUAGCAGUUUUCACUUGUUGUGAAUCCCUCUCCAGUUUCUUGAUCUGUUCACCUCUGCAGCAAAAUGAACAAUAAAAAGUUUUCUGCUCAGUG